AUGUGCAGGGAGAUCGAACGGCCGCUUGAUCUACUCGUUUGCCGUCAAGAUCCAUCGUCUGCUCAUUCGUGUCAUGUGCGCUGGGCCGUGCGGUCGCGUCCUCUCGUCGUUGUUUUGUCAUUUUUCGUGUCUUGCGCGUUAUUCCUUUGCUUUUUGAAUUACUUUUUGGAUAUUAAAACUCAAUAUUUUAAGUUUUUGUUUCUUCCUUUUAAAAACCUAGUAAACUUAAAAAUUUUUUAAUGUCGUUAGUAUUAAAAAUUUUCGGAAAAAAGCAAUUUUUGAUACUUUUUAUUUAAAGAAACUUUGAAUAUUGAAGAGUUUUUAAACAAAGUUUCACUUUUUUUGUACUCCCAAAAAAAAAUAAAAAUUUAACCAAAAGUGAGCGGCUGAAAUUGCAAGCACUCCAGAGGUUUUGCAAAAAAGAGGUUUUUGAACGUUUUGCGCGUAAACAUUGCAGGUUCAGCCCUUGCCUUCGCUUGCUCGAGAAACUUUUUCACUGCAAAUUCUUUCCCAAAAGUUUUUUGAGCAUUCUGAAAGCUUUUUCUUUCAAAUAUGAUUACAACCAAACGUUCACAAUAUUUUUCAUCAAUUUUUCCAGUGACUCACCACAACUUUGCAAGAAAAAAAAAUCAUCAUCGAACGCUCAACGCCAUUUCGCCGUUUCAAUAGUUUAUACAUCGAGCUAAGGGAGGCCGAUUUCCUCACAUUUUUCCCAACUCCCGUGCACGGCAGACUUUGUUUUAUCGAUCGUUGAUCGUUAGUCACGUUGUUUACAGAUUUCGCGGGCGAUUCGUAUUCCCUUCACUUUCUUCACUUAAAAACCUUUUAUAAUAAUCAGAAAGCUGUUGACUUCUGAGCAGCUAUUCUGCAUAAUAAAAGGCGGCCCGACCCCAGCGGCACUAUCAUUUCGAGUGUUGACAAAACCAACCGCUGUUUACAUUUACUUUGCGACUCUUGCGCCUGUUUUUUCCGCUCUUUACGUUGAAACUGUCGUCGAUUUUCCUUUUCGAAUUUCAAGUUUCAGUGCUCAUUCUGCUCACGAGACAAUGAACGCCUCAACUGCCUUUUUAAUUGGUAAGAACUUUUAGAAAAAAGUGAUGAAAAUUUGAAUUUUUUUCAGCCUUGGUUGGCUACGCCAGCGCUGCGCACUUCUACGUGAAAGAUCCGGUGACGAACACAUCUUGCAUCGUUUUGGACGGCGACUUCACCUUCACCCUCAACUUUUUCGAGCUCGUAAGUAUUUUAUUCGAUAAAAUUUAUUUAUGAGAGUAUAACUGAGAAUUUCAGACCACCAACGAGACCAAAACCUACACGGCUAAGCUCAAUGAGACGAACACUGUGACUGGAGAUUGUAACGCGUCUUACAACGGAAAGCCGGCCCAGACUUUGAAUGUGAGCGGAAACCACAUUUUUUUACCAGCUAUGAAAACAACAGUCAUGACAAAAAAGGCCAAGGAAAUCCUGAUCGGAAAAACUAGCUCAAAUUUCCUCAAAAGCUCGAAUUUUCUACGAUUUUUGCAGCCCUUGACCAGUCUUUCUUCCUUUCAAAAAUGCGUAGGAAGAAAUAAUUUGCAAAAUUUCUCAUUCACAAGCUCAAAAAUUCAUUUUCAGAUUUCUUUCUACCCGGAUGGCGUCUCGCCGCUCCGCCCCAAGGACUGGACGCUCAACCUCGUUUUCAACUCUCCGAUCAACGCCACCUUCAAGCUCGUCGACUACACUCUCGAAUCUCAGAUCACCGACAACAUUCCUUAUUUUGGUGAUUUACUGAUGAUUUUUCUGUUCAGAGACGUCAGCAAAAACGCACAAAAAUCAUGACAGAGUGAAAAAAUCGAUGCUUAUGAAAGACUUCUGGAAUAAAUGAAAACAUGUUUUUGAAUGAAAAUAUUUAAAGGCGCAUGAUGAGUCAUCGAGAAUGAUUUUACGAACUAGUCGAAAAAUAAUAUGGCGUAACUUCUUUGAAAAUUCCAGCUUUUCAAUCAGUUUUAAUAUUUCGUUGGAAACGCUCACCGCGCUUGUGUAAGCGUUGAACGUUGAGCUAAACUAAGAAAACACUUGCAAAUAUUAUUCAAAAAAAGUGAUAUAUGUUUUCAGGAACCUUCACCAAGGACCCCCAAUCCGACGAAGGUGUUACGGCUGAGUUCAACAACGCUUACAAGGUUACUCCUCUUGGUGGAUUUAUCAUUCGAAUCAAAAUAUUCUCAGUGCUCCUCCUCGAAGCUUGCCCUCAACGGUGGAUCGUACGUGACUGUGUCCGGUGUCAAGGCUAUCGCUAACGCUCACGUCAACGGGACCGACUUCAGCGACGACACCCGUUAGUUCUUGCCUUAAAAUCCUUUAUCGAAAGCUUUUUUGGAAGGUAUAAGGCUUUCCGUAGUCAGUUUUUUAAUCAAACGGCGCUUGAUUUGACGAAAAAAGUAAUUAAGAGUUUAUGAAAAGGAUUUUUUGGGAAAUAAUUAUUAUGCUGAAUAUGCCGCUGAAAAAAAAUUGAAUAGAAACUUGCCAGAGUUCAUGGAAAACAACUCGGGAAGUUAAAACUUGAUCAUUUUCAAGCCACUUGAAAACUUUUCUGUUUUCAGAGUACCAAGUGUGCCUCGGAGACCAGCACACGAGCGACAUCGUGCCGAUCGUGGUCGGAGCCUGCCUCGCCGCCCUUGUCAUCAUCGUCCUCGUUGCCUACCUCAUCGGUCGCGCCCGCGCCAAGCGUCAAGGAUACGCCAGCGUCUAA